AUGGUUCUUGGUACAGGGUGUCCUUCAGUGUGGAGCAGGAGGAGAAGGAAGGAGAAGGGAAUGAACUGCUGGUGGAGCUGGAGAGAAAGGAGGAGAAGAGAGAUCGUGAAACCAGCCUCUGGUUCAGCAAGGAUAUCUUCUCCGAGUUGGACCUGGAGGCUGACGCAGAGUCCGAAAUCCGCCAGACCCAGAGGCUGCAGGACCGGGAGCCCGGCGGAAAAGGCAGAAAGAGGAAGGCCCCGGAGGAGCCUGCCCCUGCCGAACAGGAACAGGAACAGAAGGGGAAAUGGCGGGGCCAUCCCAGGAAGCGGAGCAGGUGGCCGGGGAACAGGAGAGUGCCGGAGUGAUGAGAAGAAGCACAGACGGAAGCCUGUGCCCGUUACCAAGGAGAUGGUGGAGGAGUACAAGCAGCACUGGAGAGAGAUCAACGCCCGGCCAAUCAAGAGGGUGGCUGAGGCCAAGGCCCGCAAGAAGAGAAGGAUGCUGAAGAAGAUGGAGCAGGCAAAGAAGAAGGCGGAGGCAGUGGUGAACACAGUGGACAUCUCAGAGAGGGAGAGGAUGGCCCAGCUGAAGAGCAUCUACAAGAAGGCGGGCGCGGCCGAGGAGAAGUGGGAGGUGACCUGUGUGGUGGCCAAGAAGGGGGCGGGCCGGAGGGUGCGGGGGCCAGCGGGGGUGAAGGGCGUGUUCCACGUGGUGCAUGGGAGGAUGAAGAAGGACAUGAGGGGUCUGCAGCGGAAGGAGCAUAAGGGGGGAAAGGGAGGAAAAGGAGGAAGAGGCAGAGGGAAGGGAAUGAAGGGGGCUAAGGGUCACCCAAAAAAGAAAUAA